AGUAAAUCUACAAAUACAUUACAAUACAAUAGUUCAAAAACAAUUUCAAUUUCAUUCUUGUUUCAAUUAUUUUUCAUUUAACCAUGUUAUCGCUUCUUUUGUUACUUUUAUAUCAAAUAUGUCAACAAAAUUUUUUAAGCGCUCAGAAAUUCCGCAUGGAUUAUAUGUGGGCACAUUCCCACAAGACAUUCUACAGACUUCACGAUUUAGCUACGGAUUGGUUUCAAGCGAGACAAAUGUGUGAAUCAGAAGGUACUACAUUACUUAUACCGGAUACAUUGGAAGAAAUAGAAAACUUAAAACUACUUAUGAGUAACAUGAAGGCACAUUAUACUGCUAUAUUUAUAGGAAUACAUGAUAAUUUUUCCGUUGGAAAUUAUCUCACCGUCAAAGGACAACCAAUAACAGGUACAAUUUUAGAAUUGCUUUGGGCAGAAGGUAUGCCAGACAACGUCAAUGGUACAGAACACUGCGUUGUUAUGACCAGAGAGGGUCUCUUUGAGGAUCGUCCAUGUACCGACAUUUACCCAUUUGUGUGUAAAAUACGUGGAAACGAUACAGUUUAUAAUCAGGCCUGUGACAAUUUUGACGCAGGCUACGCUCCACAUAAAGCAAUAAGUGGCAAAUGCUAUAAAUUUCACGAAGAACCUUUAUCUUGGCAUGACGCUUUUUUGGCUUGUAACCUGGAGGAGGGACGUUUAGCUAUUAUAAACUCAGCAAAAGAGGCGAGUGUUGUAAUAGGGUUCCUCGGAGAAAACUUAAAUAGCAAUGUACCCGAUCCAAAUAUAUUACACAUUGGAUUUAGUGACUUGAUGUUUCAAAAUCAAUACAGAACUAUAACAGGAGAAACCUUAGAGAACGCUGGAUAUGCUUCGUGGACUCCGAUGAAAGAAGAUUUGAAAGAAACUUAUAACAAGCGUUGCGGAGCCAUAUCUCGAACGGGUUUCCUUAAAACGACUUAUUGUAAUAGCCCUGCUAUGUUUCUGUGUGAAAGAAUAAUAAAUAAAACAAAAAUAAACGCAUAUUAACAAGAAAUCCUUCAAACAACAACCAGAUUUAUACUAACAAAAGUCUUGAGAUAUUAAAAUAUAUUCUAAUGCCGUUAUAACUAAUUAUGAAAUAUUUUAAAAAGUCAUGUUAAUAAAUAAGACAACAUUAAUUUAUCCAAAUUGAUACGACAGCCGUGUUUGUUGUUAAUGGCAUGUGACCUCUCAGUGGAUUUAGUAUUGUGUAAGCGACAUGUGACAUAAGGACAUCAACGUUACCUAAACCAGAUACAUAUAUAUGUACGUUUGAAAACGAUGCAAGCGCCGAACUAUGCAUCUAAUAUACUGUUUUUAUACCA